AGAGUAGCUGUCAUUCUCUUGCAUUGGCAUGCCAUCGCGGCAGUAAAAGUCGUAAAAGUGAAUCCCGAUGGAUCUUUUUACUAUUGAUACCGUGGGAUCAAGCAAUCUUGCUGCCAAAGUGCCCAAUAAAUUGUCGCUUCCUUUGUAUGAUGUGGCCGCCGCAAACUUCGUCGAAAAUCCUUCGCCUUCCAAAGUACCCAACAGCCGACGGGGCAUUCCAGAGCAAUCGGAAGAAAGCGACGAUGAAGACUAUGGAGGACUGCCUCCGCCCAGCAAGGACAUUUCGAAAAUUCUUCACAAGGAUUGCUCACCUAGUACUUCCAGCGACAAACGCCUCAAUCAACGAACAAUCUUCGAUGAUUUCAGUAGUACGAAUGUGAAAAACAAACAAACCCUUUCCAAUGUCAAAAAGCUGGCAGAGACUGAUGUAAACGAGCAUAUGAAAACAUCCGUUAUAACUGAAGCAGUAGAAAAGCAGGAAAAUCUGGCGAAGCUUUCGAUGAGUGACCGUCAGGUUAAGGAACUUAACAGAGUAGAACGUGCCAAAACCAAGGGUGAUAAAUGGUUCAAUUUACCUGCCCAGGAAAUGACCGAAGAAAUAAAGAACGAACUGGAGGUCAUUCGUAUGCGUUCGGUUUUGGACCCAAAACAUUUCUAUAAACGCAGUGAAAUGAAAACCUUACCCAAAUAUUUUCAGAUAGGAAAAGUCAUAGAAUCCCCGCUGGAUUACUAUAACGAACGGGGUACGAAGAAGAGCAAGGCCAAAUCGCUCGUAGACGAACUGCUGGAGGAUGCUCAGUUCCAAAAGUUUAACAAGAAAAAGUAUGCCGAAGCUUUGGAAAAACGAAAAAAGAAGGCCUACCACAAGGCGGCAAUGAAAAUGAAAAAGUUAAAGAAAAAGAAGAAGUAACCAAUGUUUCUACACUAAACCGUUGCACGUUUAUU